ACAGCUGAUUCUGUCCGCCAUCUUUGACGCGAACAUAAACAACGCCAAGCGAGUGGCGCUGGCGUGUGGACGCGCCGCUGUCACCUGGCAGAGAGCGACGACGGCUUCACCCGCGCCGCGGCGCCCGACCGACCGUUUCCAAAACCAGAGAUGGCGGCCGCUUUGGUCACCUGAGCGUCCGUGUCCGUCGACAUGGGCAUCCUCUGCUGCCAGUGGUCGCCUCGCCGCGAGGGAGCGCAGGUUUGAAGGGGGGCGGGGAGGGCAGCAGCCUGCAGGGGGGUGGGGGGCGGCCCUUGCUGCUCGUCGGCCCCUGAAGAGAUGGACCAGGAGUACGAGAGGCGGCUGCUCAGGCAGAUAAACCACCAGAACGUGCCGACAGAGGCCCGCCUGUCGAAGUGUGUGAGUGCCUCCUGCAGUCCUGUCAGUGUGAAGUCGGGGGACCGCUUCAUUCCCACCCGAGCUGGAAGCAACUGGAGCAUCAACUUCCACUACGCUAACGAGAACUGCCGCUCUCCCAGUCAGAACCAUAAAGCAAAGGACGCCAGUUCCGAUUCGAGCAAAGACACCGUGGCGUAUGCCGCCCUGUUGAGGAAUGAGUUGCUGGGGGCGGGGAUAGAGGCGGUGCCAGACCCUCACACAGACGACCGGCGGCAUGCAGUCCUCUCCCAAGACUCUCACAGCCUUUUUAGGUACACUGUCCACGCUAAGAGAGUGCCUUUCGAUAGUGACAAUGAAGUCUCACCAUACUCCCUUUCUCCACUUAGUAACAAGAGUCACAAGCUGCUCCGCUCUCCUCGUAAACCAGCCCGAAAGAUCUCCAAGAUCCCCUUCAAAGUGCUGGACGCUCCAGAGCUGCAGGACGACUUCUACCUCAACCUGGUAGACUGGUCAGCGGGCAACCUGCUCAGUGUCGGCCUGGGGGCCUGCGUCUACCUGUGGAGUGCCUGCACCAGCCAGGUGACAAGGUUAUGUGACCUUUCAGUAGAUGGAGACUCUGUCACGUCAGUUUGUUGGAAUGAGAGGGGAAGUCUGGUCGCUGUUGGAACCCACAAGGGCUACGUUCAGAUCUGGGACGCAACUGGAGGGAGGAAGCUGACCAGUCUGGAGGGUCACUCUGCCCGAGUCGGUGCCCUGGCAUGGAACGGGGAGCAGCUGUCGUCGGGGAGUCGCGACAGAGUGAUCCUCCAGCGGGACAUCCGAACCCCGCCGUCGGCUGAGAGGAGGCUGCAAGGUCACAGGCAGGAAGUAUGUGGUCUCAAAUGGUCUCCUGACCACCAGCACCUCGCGUCCGGAGGCAACGACAACAAGCUGCUGGUGUGGAACAGCUCCAGCCUGCUACCCGUGCAGCAGUACAGCGACCACCUGGCAGCGGUGAAGGCCAUCGCCUGGUCCCCCCACCAGCACGGGCUGCUGGCGUCGGGCGGCGGCACAGCCGACCGCUGCCUGCGCUUCUGGAACACACUGACAGGUCAGGCGCUGCAGAGCACGGACACCGGCUCCCAGGUCUGCAACUUGGCAUGGUCCAAACACGCCAAUGAACUGGUGAGCACUCAUGGCUACUCUCAGAACCAGAUCCUGGUGUGGAAGUAUCCGUCACUAACGCAGGUGGCAAAGCUGACAGGACACUCGUACAGAGUGCUGUAUCUGGCGGUGUCGCCCGACGGGGAAGCCAUCGUAACUGGAGCUGGGGAUGAGACGCUGCGUUUCUGGAACGUCUUCAGCAAGACGCGCUGCACCAAGGAAUCAAAGUCGGUGCUGAAUCUCUUCACGCGAAUACGAUAGUGAGCGGCCCCGUGAAGACUCAGCUGUGGUUGGACUGUACUAUCACACAGCGACGCUCACGGACCGGCCACUCCGCCCUGCUCGUCACGGCAAAGUCCUCCACAACGACAAUAAGACGGCAAUCCCUCAAGUCCGCUUUUUUCUACAGCCUCAACUUCAAACCGAACUUCAACUGCCAUCCCUCACAGUGAUGUCACUGGUAAAAAAAAAAGACAAAUAAGCAGCCUAUUGUCAGGACCUGUUUUCUGCCUAAAAAAAGGUGGGUCGUGUUUUUCUUUUCCGUUGUGUACAGUAAGUGAUUCAAUUGUUUUACUAUCUAUUAGCAGAAAUACACAUCUACAAGAGAUCUGAGCUCUAUCAUGUAACGGCGUCACAUUUUUAAACGGAUCUGCCUCAUAGCAGAAAGAAGGAGGAGGAGGAGAAGAAGAAGAAGUCUUGUUCGGGUGGGGAGGGUUUCUAUAUUUUGAUAAUGUGUGAAUAAUGCUCGACAGCGGUAUACAACAGAGGAAAAACAAUAAACGCGUGAACACACUCACACAGUUGCUCGUGCAGCUGGAAAGAAAGAA